GAGUAUUGUGAGCUGCAUGUAGAACUGAAGGAACAAUGUUGUCCCUUGUGCACUCAUGGACCCAGCCCUAUUGAGCAGACAUGUGCAAAAGAUAAAUCUGAGAUCAACUGGAGACUGGUGCUGGUUAAUGAUAUUGAUCUUUUAUCGGGAUAGUACAAUGAUGAAGCAGAUGAACGCCCUAUUGGCAGUGGAGAGGAAGUGUCGCAUCAAGGCUGUGUCUGGUAGUGCAACUAACACAAGGCUAACAAAGAAUUUACACCUUACUUUCCUCUGAGGCACCAUGGAGCUUGGAGCAUCUCUUAUUUUAUCCAAAGCAACUAAGCUUCACUCCAGUGAUAUAUAUUCAUUCAAUUGCGAAAGGAGAAAUUCAAAACAUUUCAGUCAAGACUUCAGAUUGAUCCAGAUAAGGUAGAAUGUCUUCAGCAAAAGGAUGGUCUGAUUGACAGGUCAGCUUCAACGUAAAGCCAAGCCUGAGAAACAGCGAUACAGAGGCUUUCCAAGAGCAGAAGCAAUGAGCACUGAGAUACCUUCCAACCUAAUCAAACAUGCAGGGCAGACAAGCAUUCCAUCUCUCAAAAAUAUAACAGAUUUUUCCUUAAAUAUCACUGACUGCAACCAGGUCGUGGUGCCAGAGGAAGUCUUUUUCACUGUUGCUGCUGCUGGCAUACUAGAAAAUCUACUUGUCCUUGUCGCUGUCAUCAGAAAUAAGAAUUUGCACUUGCCCAUGUACUUCUUCAUUUGUAGCUUAGCCAUUUCAGACAUGUUAGGCAGCUUGUACAAAACUCUGGAGAACAUCUUUAUUAUCUUGUGCAAAAUGGGGUACCUGACACGUCGUGGGGACUUUGAGAAAAAGCUGGAUGAUGCCAUGGACUCCAUGUUCAUUCUGUCUUUACUGGGGUCCAUUUUCAGCUUGCUAGCUAUUGCAGCAGACAGAUACAUCACUAUCUUCUAUGCUUUGCGGUACCAUAAUAUAAUGACAGUACGAAGGGCUUUGGUCAUCUUGGCAAUCAUUUGGACAUUCUGUGCUGGCAGUAGCAUUGUCAUUGCCCUCUUCUCCCAUGAAAUCGCUACAGUCAUUCCCUUCACCAUCCUGUUCCCUUUAAUGAUGUUUUUUAUACUGUGCCUCUAUAUCCAUAUGUUCCUCCUAGCCCGAUCUCAUGCUAAAAAGAUUGCCUCGCUGCCAACCAGUGCAGUCCAUCAGAGAACUAACAUGAAAGGAGCCAUUACACUGACUAUUUUCCUUGGAGUCUUCCUUUGCUGUUGGGCCCCCUUUGUUCUUCACAUCCUUUUAGCAAGAUUUUGCCCACACAACCCUUACUGUGCCUGCUACAUGUCCAUUUUCCAUGUGAAUGGGACCCUCAUAAUGUGCAAUGCAAUCAUCGAUCCUAUGAUUUUUGCAUUCCGAAGUCCAGAAUUACGAAGUACGUUUAAGAAGAUGUUUUGCUGUGCCAGGCAUAACUGGAACUGGUAGAAAUUAAAUGAAGUCAAAUAUUAUUGAAGCACACCCAAUGCAACAUCAGUUUGCAGUUAAAAAUACUAACACAAAAUAAUACUACACUUGCACUGCCAAUGAUUUUCAGAGGGCUGUAAAAGAAUGCAUAUGAGCAAAGCAUCCAGACAAGUCUUUGUCAACUAAGCCUCUAGAAACAUUAUUGAUUAAGUGAAUUUUACUGAUAUUUUUAGACUAUUGCAUGGAAAUUAACUGUCAACAUUUCAGGAAAACUUCAAUGUAAAUCUUCUGCAGCAAGCCUUGUGUUCCCCUAGAGAUGAGUUAAUGCAGUAAUUUCAAUUUAAAAUGUAUACUACUUUAAAAUUAUGUUGCUUAAAUCACAAAUAAAUGAAUAAUUAUUUUAAAACUUCACAGUUACAUAGAAGUCUGUAAUAAAGCAGAAAAUAUGAACUUGUCCUUAGCUGGCAAUGUUCACUCAUUACUUUGUUCUUCAACAUAAGGUGUCCUUAAAAUCUUUCCAUUAGUAAUUUUCAAACGUCAAAAAUAACUUUUGGAGCAUGAGUCCAAGCAAAACUGUUUUGGUUUAAAAGCUAUUUUCAGUGACCAAAUGUUUUUUCCUAACAUAGAGAUGUUGUGGCAGCACAGAUUAUAGGCUUUCAAUUUUGAAAUCCCAAAGCCAGGUCUGGAUCAGCAAAGGGAACUGCUGCCUUUGCCAGCUCUUCAUUAAAAUUCCAUAGAUCAGUUUAUUUUGAUAAAAAAAAGUAGGCUUCAGAGAAAGAAAAAGAACUCUGGUAUAGCAUUAAUUUUCUAAACAUGACACAACAAGGAAUUAAAAAA